AAAGCAAUGAUUUAUACGACGACUUUAACAACAACAAAACGGUUUCAAACAUGCAGUUGUAGGUUACGCGACAACACAGAAAGUGAAAAUCUUCUUCAAAUAAGAUGAGCGUUGCAGAAAAAUUAAACGAACUAAAUACACUCAAACAAAAAUAUGGGUUUAUCGAACCGAACAGAGGGAACCUCGACGACGCAACUAUUGAAUGGUUGGAGGGAAAACCAAAUUAUACAAAUGCCAAUUUAGAAUAUUUCAAAGGAAAAUACAUGAAUCAUGCUCAAGGCUCUCUUGAACAAGUGGUUGAAGAUUUAGUUAAAACAUGGGAAAUGGAAGCGUCUCAUAAGAAGAAUUUUAAUCAAUGGACAACGGUUGAUCAUUCCACUUAUCAUGUGGCAGCUAAUGGUGGAAAGAUAUUUCAGGGGGAAGAUGCUAAAUCAGCAGGCAACUACAAAUGGCUGAUGUACGACUGCAAAAAAGAAUUAUUCAAUGCUGAAGAGGAAACCUUCGAGAGUUCUCAUAAGUUAUUUAGAGGUUGCUUCAAAGAUGGAUUUCCUUGGGAGAUAAUUAGUGUAUUUUCUGGCCCACCAAAAGUAGUUUUCUCAUGGAGACACUGGGGUAAAUUUAAUGGAGAAUACAAAGGCAGAAAAGGAGAUGGAGAGGUCUACAAUAUGUUUGGAAUUGGCGAGGCGACAGUCACUGAAAGUCUGAAACUUCAAUCAAUUUAUAUUUAUUACAAACCAGACGAAUUUUGCGAAGCGCUAGAAGGAAAAAAGAGUCACAGGGUGUUAGAAGGUGGUAAAGCUUUGGUUGGAAGUGGUUGUCCUUAUGCUCAUUGAGGAAACAUAUUGUAGAAUUUUUACAACAUUUUUUCGUGCUAAAGAAGCUAUACAAGUGGUUUUUGGCGUCAGGAAUUUAAUUUUCCGGUAAACAUCUCAUUACCCGCACAAAGAAAAUUUGUAAUCACCUUAUUUUCUUAUUAAUAUGUGACAUAAAAAAGAAGCGUUUUAUUUUCUCCUUUCAUG